CGCGCCAAAUCGACGCUGCCAUGCCCGUUGCCGAUUCUGCGGCUCUUUGGAGGAAGCCCAUACGACGGCACAGCUCAAAGGGCGUGUUGUUUACGAAGGACGAGGAGGGCCAGGGACGAGGGUGGAAGCAGCAUCAGCAGCAGCAGCAGCACCAGCAUUCUUCGUCACGGCAGCGAGCCAGCACAUAGGAAGGUUGUCAUCGAGCAUGCCCCGCAGAGAAACGAAGCUUUCACGCACAGACAGCAGUGAAGCAUCGUCUGUAUGGCUGUGUAGGUGCAUCCCGGCUGUGUGUUGUAGCACAGUAAAGCCUCCGAGAGCGUUCUCGCAACAGCAUAAACUCACCCCAGGAGACGCCAAAGGCUCCGGCAUCUACUUCAGAUCAGCCAUGAGGCCCGGCGUAAGACGCACCCAGUUUGGGCGAGGCUCAACAGCUCAUUGCCGUAGCGAUUUCGUUCCCGCAACGAUGCAUUGUGUGAAGAGUGCACGGUGCACAUACGGAAGGAGUUCGAUGGAGAGCUCGUGGGCCUGGGCGCAGCCCUUUGUAGUCCCGACCGCGUAUAUGUGAUUCACGUGGACCGCUCCAGGACAAGCUUCGCUAGGAGGGGGGAGGAGGGGGGGGGGGGG